GCGUGUUGUCGUCCUCACGGCUGCCCUGAAGUCGAUGGCGCUGCCAGCAGUGAAUGCUCUGCAAGGGAGCCGAUGCGUGACUGCCGUGGGCAUCGUCGCAAUUCUCGCCAGCUGCGCGCUGUGGGCCAGGCUUCGCAGGAGGGCCUGGGCAUUGGGUGGCCUGGUUUGCGAGUGCAGAUGCGGCACACUUGCUCAUCCACUUCGCUAAGCUCAGAGAGGACAUUGCAGGAGUGCUGUUCCGCGAUAUGCUCCCUCACUUCGACUGCACAGCUCAGCUCGGCUUUUCGCCUAGGAGGCGCUGCUCAGAUGAACAGGCAUGGAAGCCACAGAUAUGCCCGUGAGCCCCACACGCGGCGACGUGGGAGUCUGGCUCCGACCGCGAGAAGCAGGGGUGACGAUUCGCUAGUGCGGGCUUCUGGCACUUCUUGCGAAGUCCAGUGUGUGAAGCUUGUGGGCCUGGGGAGCCUGCUCAGCGGCUUCAGCGUCCUGGUUCUGCGCUUCGGCUUUCGCAGCAAAGCCUCUCCGUCCUCCGGCUCCGGUUGCCGGCGCCCUGAGGUGAACCGAAGCAGCGUCCGCAGCGUGCUGCCUUGGAGCAACGAGAGGUUGAGCGGUGAAGGCCCGAUGCUGCACAGGUGGAAAGCUGCAAAUGUAAAAGGUGCCUCUUUAUCCAUUGUUCCUUCUGGGGUGGCCACGCGAGCUGGCGAAGCAUCCAGACCGAUGCUGCAAAUAUGCGCGACGUCAGACAAGGAGCUGGCAAGAAUCGUGAGGGGACUGAAGCAGCUAUUACAUAACGAAAACGGGUUGCUCCUGAGAUUCAAGCAAAGGCUGCUUUUUCACGGCAACAUUGAUCUUUUAGAUGUGUCUGCCCAAGUGGACUCAUCAAUGGUCCUGCAGAUGGUCCGGCUUCCAGCUUUAGCA